AUGACUAAUGACAAUAGAAGUCCAAGCGAGAUGCUGAAUCGAUAUCAACGAACUAAUUUUGAAAUUGAAACCAAUAUCAUCAUAUUACGAAAAGCGAGAGGAGCAAUAGGUUCGAUUACCACCCACAGUUCUGAAAUACGACUCUAAAAAAAUUUACUGGGUAUGCUAGCAGUGUUACUUUUGUAAAAAGAGCAAAGAGCUUAUGAGUAUGGAACUGCAAUCUCGCAUCGCGGCGAUUACUUGGCUCUUCAGGGUGUGGUAGUUGUUGUUAUUCAAUACCGUCUUGGUGCGUUCGGCUUCUUAACGACCGGGGAUUCCGCUGCCCCUGGGAAUUAUGGAAUGUUAGAUCAAGUGGCGGCACUCAAGUGGGUUAAAGGAAACAUAAACAAUUUUGGAGGGGAUCCCGGCAAGGUGACCAUCUUUGGAUUGAGCGCCGGUGGAACAAGUGUUAGCCUCCAUUUAUUGUCUCCACUGUCUAAAGGCCUCUUCCAUCAAGUCAUUAGAGAGAGCGGGGUGGAUUUGAGUCCCUUUGCAAUUCAGCCGACUUCAGCCGGUCUCCGUUUUGCCAGUGAGCUUGCUGAAAACCUGAACCGUCCAAAGAGCGACCACAGCGAAAUAAUGGCCUGCAUUCGUCAGAAAGAAACGAAGGAGAUAGAGAACGCUUUACACAGGAUACUUGGGCUGGGCACCUGUUGUGGAUAA